CAUACAUGUCCUCCACCGCACGCACACUAUAAACGGCCACAAUACAUCAUGCACACGAAUCAUGGAAUAAACGCACUGACAAAGGCGGCGGGAGCAUAAUGGAUUCGCAUGGGUACAGACCAGACAGUUCGCGUAGCCGUAUGCACAUAUACAUAGGCAACAAAUGCAGGCAGACACGCAGCUGUGCCCUCACUCACUCGGUGCUGGAUGGGGAUGGCGAGAAGUAGUCAGUGAUCUUGCGCUGCAUCGGGUCAUCGACAAAACCGAUGCGGCGCACCUCUACUCGACAGUCAUACCCCAGUGGAGGCAGCUCGACCGCCUCAUAACCUAGCGUACGUAACGCAAGGGAGAAAGUGCGGCCAUGCGAUUGCAUGUAGCCAUACGGAAGGAUGCGGCAUGUGUGCAAUAGGUCAAAGAUAAAGGAGGGGUUUUCCCCCUCCUUCCCCUUGUCAUCCUUGCCCCACUCGUCACCCUCCCCGCUCAUCUCACGACACUCGAGCACAAUGCGGUCGAGGUGGGGCAGGCUGCGGAUGGCGGCCAGACAUGCAGCAGCCACAUCCUCACAGUACACCCACAUCUCGCCAUGUACAUCCACCGACAGAUCGACCUCGAGAGUGAUCUGUCGAACACGCUGCCUGAGCCCCUCUAUCUGCUCUGCCUGACCUGUCUGCUCCUCAAAAGUGAGGGAACACACCGACGGCGAGAAAACGCCCUUAAGGUGUAGAUAAGGACCUACGCCAUCACACUGAGGCACCGAGGAAGUGAACGAAGGCUCGGAGUCACCCAAAGUGAACUCAAUGACCCGCAGAUUGCCUAAGUUGCCCAACGCAUCCAUGGCCCAUGCCAUAGACUCCCCCGUGCGUACCACACUCAUCGGCAGGACGAGGGUGGCGACACUGGGAAAUGCAUGGGCCGCAUGAGACAGCACUCCGUGCAUCACAGUCACUAUGUCGAUUGCUACCAAGCGCCUUGCGCGCUCAAACAGAACGGCUUGGUCGUCGCGAGAGUCGGGCAAGAGAAGAGAGUCGGGGAAGAGGUAGGGGAAUGUCGAGCCUUGCUUCCAGUAGAGUCUCAAGCUGACACUCGUCGCAGCACGGGCGAGGGCAGCGAUGGAGGGGGCGUAUGCGGCCAUGGUAUCACUCAUGUAUGCGAAGACUGCGGUUGAGAAUGUGAGCUCGUCGGCGGCAUGGCAGCGGACGGCGGCGUUGGGCGCCAGCCAGUGGGAUCGAACCCAGUGUAACUCCUGCAGCACACAACACACCAGCCAGACACGUGCGUCCGUGUGUGGUGGUUUUCCCCCCCAUAUCCGCUGACCGCGAUGGUGGCCUUGGUGACAUUCCUGCCCGUGAUGAUGGCAUCCAGCUCCUCCACUUGAGGCCUGCUGACGAUGUCAGGCGGGAGUGGCAGUGUGGGAGUCGAUCCGCCGUUGAUGACGAGGCCCCGCAGUUUCUUGACGGACGGCGACAGGAUGCCGGCCGCAGACACCCACGGCACUGUCCAGCCACUGUCGAGGGUCAGUGUGUGAGGGCCAGGCGACCACCGCUUCCACGAGGCGCACAUGUCUCCAAUGAAGACGCUGAGAGGGAGCCGUUCGAGGUCGCCCAUGUGCACCUCUUGAACCGACCUGCAUGUGAAACGCUAAAAGGAGUCCGGUCGUCCUUGUCCGUCUGGCUCGCUCGAGUCCCUUGUGAGGUGCUGUCGGGUGUGCGUGUUGCUUACGUGAGGCCCCAGGAACGAUGGCAGGCCACCCUAGUCCAAUCCCCACCGACUAUCACUGCAACAAGGUGGCAAACAGACAAGGGUCCGUGUGCAUCGCCCUCUCGCAAACAGAGCUCACCUGUUUUGAGUUUUGGGAAGAUCAAAGCGCCCUCUCCCGCUUGCCAUCCCUGCUGCGGGCAGUGGCUGAAGUCAUCGCCGUCCACCACCAGGCUCUCCAGAGUGCCGCGUGCCCCCUCCACCGUCUCAGCGGCCCACUCCGUACCGGACACAGCAUGACAGCCCGGGUCGUCUUGCUGAGUCGGGGCAGCCACGUGGCCAGCUGCCUAUCUGUGGGUGCGGUGAGCUCGGUGCCGUCGAAGUGAACCGUCUGGUGCAUGUCCGGGUUGACGGCGAGGGAGUGGAGUGAGGGGUGUGCGGACGACAGGCUGCCGAUGAUCGUCUGGGUGCCCAACAGACACGCCAGGUGGCCGAAGAUGAGCGUGUCGGGCAGGGCCAGCAAAAGGGGAGGGAAGCGGGGCUGAACGAAAGGCCAACACAGACACACAGACACGCGAGAUGAUGUCACUCGGGUUGAGUGCUGACAUCACCAACACGUCACACCUGAUUGCGCAGGAAGGCCUCCAUGUAUUCCAGUUUCUCCUCAGCUAUUGGGAUGAGAAGGCCUUUCUUGGCCAUUGAGUCCUCUUGGCACACCGCAUCCAUAACACCAAAGCAGAUUCCAUACUGCACAGACGCGUGCUGAAACCACGCCGAUCCACACACACACACCAAAAAAAGGUAAGGUAACGCGACGUGCGGAGGCGCAGCUCUCCAUGCCAUGUAUACCUGGCGCUGUUCUCUGGUCAGUCCUGCUUCGUUGGCGAAUGCUUUCCGAUACGCCUCCAGCUGCGACAACACACACAGAGAGGACCCAGCAAUCAUAGAGCGGCACCGGUGUUGUGAUCUUACUCUUUGAAGUAGGUCGUCGAUCCUCUGUAGUGUACGGCGAUGAGCAUCAGCCGCCGAGCGCAGCACGCCCAUCCGCUGCAUGUCGACAGCCACCUGGUAAGGACUGUCGGCAGCCAUCUCGCUAAUCACGGGCUCUUUUCGGCCGCUGCUGCGGAGAUCUGUGCAGAGGAGCACAGUUGUGCGCGUGCCGCCUCCCGGUGGUGCGCCGCAUCGAAAAAAGAAGGCUCGGGCAACUUAGGACAU